AUGCCGAUUGCGACAAUUGAAACUAAAUCUGUAAAAGUUGAUGAUGAUUUAACAGAUUUAUCAUGGCUUAUACAACUGAAUAAUAAUAAACAACGAUAUUCAAUAUCAAAUGUAUAUAAUCAUGAAAAUAAAAAUAAAAAAAUUGAACGAAUAAAUAAACCUUUUACUGUUGUGAAUGGUCAAACGAUUCGUUCAUCAAUACAAACCUAUUCUCAUGAUCAUCAAUAUUCCAAUGAAGAAAAUCAAUAUUAUUCACAGCAAUCAUACAAUGAUCAAACAAUAAAACGAAAAUUUGAUUCAACAUUAUCAUAUCAUCAACCAAAACGUUUUCACUCCGAGCAAACUCUUCCAAUAUAUCCAACAUCACCAUUACCAUCUGAAUCAUACUAUUAUAAUCAUCCAACAUAUUGUACACAACCACAACAGCAGCAACAACAACAACAACAACAACAACAACAACAACGAACAUCUAUUCCAACAACAUCGCGAUAUAUGUUACUCAAAAAUGAUCCAUCACUUUCCGAUACGAUGCCAACUGCUCAUAUGUCGACAAAUUUAAAUCAAUCAAUUGGCAUGAAUGAACAUAAAAAUAUAUAUUCCGAUGAUAUUGAACAUUUAUUAGAUAUAUUUAAAAACGAAGUACAAAUGAUUGGCAUUGAUCCAAUAGCAACAACAAGCACAGGUGAUUGUGCUACUGAUUUUGGUCAUUGUUUAUCAUCAAAUGAAUUUUGUCCUUAUUGA